AUGUAAUAGGACAUUUGCAAAGUAGGAUAAUACAUUUAGUGGGAUCAAAAGAAAGUUUUGGGAGAGGGGAGGAUUAGUGUGAUAUAUGCAGGUCACAAUACAAAAGAUAAUUCGGUCAUUGCACUAAAGAAAUUUAGAUCAGAUUUGCUAAACGAUAAAAAUUUCUACUUGAGAGAAAUACUGAAAUAAGAGGAAUUACUUUUAAGGAUGAUGCAGCCAGAAAAUUUUAUAAAAUGCAUUUCUCUUGAAGAGACAUAGAAUUCAGUCUAUUGGGUAACAGAAUUGGCUGAGACAAGCUUAAGAUAGGAGUUGAUUCUUGCAGAAUUUGGUAAGCUGAAAUUGGAGCAAGUGAAAAUCAUUUGUAAAAAUCUAUUAGAUGGCUAUCUCUUUCUGAUAAAUUAGAAUGUGCUGCAUUAGGAUAUUAAACCAGAAGGAAUUCUUAAGAAGAACAACUAAUAUUAUUACUCUGAUUUAGGAAAUGGCUAUAUGAUUAGUCGAUUCCAAGGUGAAAAUAACCAAACCUAUUAUUAGUCUCCAUAGAAGACUUUAAAUUAAAUCUACACUAGCAAAUGUGAUGUGUGGUCGGUUGGCAUAAUAUUAUAUGAAUGUCUGUAAGGGUCAGUUCCAAUCAUUAUAAACAAUGAAACCUAAAUAGCUAAGGAAUUCACAAAUGCUUAUUAACAAGAACCAAUCUAUGAGUUUAUUAUUUAAUGCAUCAAAUAUUCAGAGAGCGAAAGAUUGAGUUGGGAGUAAGUGUAUUAGCAUCCUUUUGUAAUAAAUUAACUCGGCAUUAAUGUCGAUGUUAAAAUAGAAUAAAGCUACACAUAGUUUAAGGAGUAGUUUUUGCAAACCAGCAGCAAAGUGGAUCUUUAUCUAAUGAUUGGAAUGAGUUCAUAAAGUGAUAACACUGAAAAUUUGUCAAAAUAAGAAUUUAUUUAAAGUGCUAAAAGAUUAACUAAUACUUCGUCGAUAAAAGAAAUUAGUUCUUUAUUUCAUGAAAUAGCAGGGUUCAAAGCUACUCAUAUAACUAAUAAAGACAUUAGCAACUGGUAAAACAGAGUCAAAAACAGAUUAAAAGGAGAUAGAGGUCAUCAUUAUCCAUUGAUGCCCUAAGAAUAAACUGAAUAAGACAAUCAACUUAAGAAUUUACCUAUUCUUAGAUGGACUAUGAAUUUGGAUAGGAAAAAAGUAAGGAAUACUUCACUUCUGUACCCAGAGGUUGUGGAAGUAUUACUGAGCAUCAAGGCUUCUAUGAUCAAAUUUGACACAAAAGUAAACGACCUUUUUAACAAAUAUGAUCCUAAUUCAAUAGGAGGAAUAACCAAAUAACAAAUGGAUAAAUUAAUUUUGAAAAUAUAUCCAGAAGGUAGAAAUGACGUAGUGUUGAGUCAUGUGUUUCAAUUUAUGAAUUAAUUUUAAAAUGGUAAAAUAACUAAGGAGGAAUUUUAAUUUUGCAUUUUCGACUUAGAUAUAUAGGAAAUAACUAAAACAAGAAAUUGA